AUGAAGUUCCUCCAGGCAGUGGCUGUUGCCAUUAUUUACGCUCAGGGGUCGCUCUCUGUGCCCGCAAGCCCCGAAGCGGAAUGCGGAUCGCUGGGAGUCAUGAAGGUUGACCCAGCCGAGCUCCCAGAGGGCGUCAACGCCUCCCAGGUCCGCAAGUGCCUCGGCCACCCGGAGGGACACGGAACCGGCCGUGACGGAAAACAGCUAUUUGCGCGCGCGUGCGAGUUUAAAUCGGCCUGGGGAUGCAGCCAUGGCGGCUACUGCUGGAAAGCCUGCGACGACGAGAACAACGGAAAAUGGUGCUGGACGGCUGAAAACUCGGGCUAUGGCCCGUGGAUUCGAUGUGCGUCUUACCAAGACUGCGAGAGGAGUACGCCCUGUGGCCAAGGGAAGUGCGACGAGUGCGGAUGUGGCUGCUAG